AAUUAUUCUAUUUUUUGAAAUAUUUGUCCAUAUAAAUGGAGUUUUCGCAUGAAAGGCUUUUUCAUUUUACAAUUUCCUGACGGAGAUCAUGCAGGGUAGCCUGCUCACUGGGUUCCCAGUUGUUUGCGUCUGGGCUAUUAUCAGUGCUACGAGCAAACGUUGUUUAUCCUUUACCCACUCAGAUAUUUUGUGGAUAAGUAUUUUAGCAAGUUAUGCAGAUAAGCUAAGAAGUAGCUGGAAAAAUUUCAAAUCUUUUCCGCUUUCUUGGAAAAUCUGCAAAACAAUGUUGUUGACGUUUCUUCAAUUAUCUUGCGGGGAACCCUGCGUGCUGGCUAACCAGCUGGCUCUUGUUAAUGCAGCAGUACCUACUGGGCAGAGUGUUUGAUUCUUGCCAGCCUUUAUUAACUGGAUAGCCAUCCAUGUUAACUGACAAUCGAAUACAGCGAUCACCCGUAAUGUCUACGCAGAAAUCAACGUUGCCGAAGGCCGUGCACGACAUGAAGCGUGUCGUGGAGAAGACAUGUGGCAAAUCCAUGGAGGCUGGCGUCGUGGAGCGUCUAGUGGAUUUCGAGUACGAAUACGUGAUGGAGCUGCUCCAGGACGCCCGUCACAUCUCGCAGUACCUGGGCAAGAAGGACAUCGACGUGGAGGAUGUGAAGCUUGCCAAGGAGAUGAGCGACAAGAGCACGGCCAAUGCACCCCGACCCAGCAAACCCGUGCUGACGGCGCUGGCGCAGAAAAUCAACGAGAUCCCCUUGCCCCAGAUCAAGCAGACCUUCGGAUUGCGGAUACCCGGGGAUCGGUUCUGUAUGACGUCGUGCAAUUAUCAGACGAUGGACGUGGUGGAGCACGAGGAAUCCCCGACGAUGAAUGGGGGGCCGUGAUUGUGUUGUCGUUUUUUUGUAUGUUGACGGAGGGGAGAAUGCUGCACCACGGGCGGCUGUAAUCUGUUCGGUCUGCUGAACGGACAAAUUGUUAAAUUAAUGACAGUAUUCAGUGAUAUUUUCUCUCUUGUUUAUUGUGUAUUCUAGUACUUCUACUCUUGUCUGUUGAGACAUUCAAUUAUUCGGUGAGCUAGUUAAAGCCUAGUUUAUGGUUAGCACAUCUGAAAUA